CACUGUUACCAUGGCAACACCUACCUGCAGUAAACUGCCGGAGCUCGUUCUUAAUGAAAACGUGUGAAAAUUGUAGACCAAUUACACCAAUUUGGGCAUUGCUAAGACUGAUUCUUCAUUCUCCAUGACUUCUGGGUUCAAUUUUCCGACUUUACACAUUUUUUUUCUUUCCCAUUCAUAGUAAAACAGCGUCUGUUGUUGACUCCGACAGCCAUCUGCCAACUGAGGGAAGCUGUCAUAGCAUGACUGACGCUGCAUUCAAGGUUUCCCUCAUUUUUCCAAAUGGGGACAAGUAUGAGGGCGAGUGUCGCAAGUCUGAAUCUGGAGAGCUGGUGAGAAGCGGCACAGGAAAACACACUUCAGCCAGUGGCAUCAUAUAUAUAGGAGAGUGGCAAGAGGACAAAAUGCUGGGCAAAGGGACCCUGCAGUUUCCCUCUGGGGCCGUGUAUGAAGGAGAGUUCAAAGACAACGCGUACAACGGCUCUGGAACGUACACAUUUCCGGACGGCUCUAUGUAUAAGGGCCAAUUUUACAAUGACAGGCUGGAGGGAGAGGGUACCUUUACUGACACACAAGGCCUGAAGUGGACUGGAGACUUCCACGGUGAAGCAGCGCUUGGUCUCAAACUGCUGCACAACCUCUAGACAAAAAAACAGACUAAAGAAUCAUUGUACUAAAGCUAAACUGCCUUAGGAAAACACCAACACUGAAAGUUGAUUAAACAUUCAAAUGUAAACAUCUCUAUUUUUUCAGUAAAACAAUUAGAUUUUGGAAAUCUUGAGGAAGCAGAGUCAACGGGUAUAGUUUAAUCUAAAAUAUCCUUUAUUUAAAUUCUUGUUCUCUUCCUCUAAACAACAUAGUAUAAACAGUCCGUCUCCGAUUGGCUGAUCAGGACCUGUUGACGACUCCUUCCCACGGCAGCUCCCAGCUCUUGAAGCUGAAUUUGGACACGUAAGCCUCCUUCAGAGAGCAGUUGCAGGCAGGGUUAAGGCACCUUUGAAAUGACGGAUGUGGCAAGGGGCCUUUAUUUGCUUCAUGGGUUUAUAAAUGACAUAGUGAAGGAUUUAAGGUGUAAACAAGUCAUAAUUUCCAAUGAGCAGAGUAAGAAGCCAAGAUAUACAAUUUCAAAUUUAUUUUGCAUCAUGUUGACUUUGGCGCUACAUUGUGUCAGAUUGAUUAACAUUUUGGAUUAUUUCCUUGCAAGGAUGAAUAAAUUAGUAGAAAUGA